AAUUCUCCAAUGAAAAUCGACUAUACAUUUUUUUUUAUUUGAAUAAUAAACAAAACAAUAAUUGAUAAUCAUAAUUUUGUAAACAACAUUACAAAACAGAAUAGGUUAUGAGUACAAAAACAAUAGAUAAAAAAAUGAAGAUUCAUGUGUCAAAAUUGCUAAAAUUAAAUAUAAUAAUAAUUUAGCAUAAGAUUAUCAGAGUAUACUGUUUACCGUCUUUACUGCGAGGAGGGAAUGAAAGUGAGUUAUUUAUUUAUUGCCGGGACCUUUAUUGUCCUUGCAAACUGCGAUGAUUCGAGACCUUGGUAUGAAACUCUUCCUGCUGUUGCGAUGGACUACAAAGUCCACAUCGAUGCCGGCAAGGAGGACUGUUACUUCCAGUACGUCAAUCCCGGUGCAACUUUCUUCGUUAGUUUUCAGGUACUGAGAGGUGGUGAUGGAAAAGCUGGAUUCGCUGUAAGAAACCCUACAGGUGAAAUCGUACUUCCUUAUCAAUGGCGUGCUAAUGCUGAUUAUCAAGACCAGUCAGGUUCCGGUGGUUACUACAGCGUAUGUGUUGAUAAUCAAUUUUCACGUUUUGCUGGUAAAUUAGUCAAUCUAUAUAUAACUGUUAUCAGGUAUGAUCAGUGGGACAAAUUUACUAAAGAAUUAGAAGAUUUGAAUCUCUCAGUUGAAAACUUUACGAGUACGAUUGUUAAUGUUGAAAAAAACAUAAAUAAUAUGUUAAACACACAAGCUAUAAGUAGAAGUCGUGAAGCACGUGAUUUAAAUUUAAUAACUGAUAAUAAUUCUUAUGUACAAAACUGGUCUAUUGUACAAAUUAUUGUUAUUAUUGCAACAACGGUAUUACAAGUAUAUUUUGUUAAAAAGUUAUUCCAAGAACGACCAACCGGUUCGUCAAAAAUUCGCAUUUGAUUUUUUUUAUCACUAGAUUAUUACAAUUUUUUUAUUAUUUUAUUUACAGUUAUCUUAUUUCAAUUACUUAUUUUUAUCAAAAAAAACAAUGAAAGAAAUUAUA